CCGGCAUGUGGCACCCCCAUAUAAAACCUGCGGCCAGGCGGCCUGCCCCAACAGAGCCAAAACGCAACGCGAGGAGAAAGACGGCCGAAAGAAAGGAGGCGCGUCAGGACAGUGACAAAGCGCUCGGUUUGGGACCGAGCAAAAACGGAACUAUAACUACACACACACACACUCUAACACACACAUUGAAGCCCCCAGAGUUUUUUUUUUCUUUCAUGAAACUGAAGGAAUUUGAGGAUUAUUUCUGUGGAAGCAGCAACAAGUAAUUUUCGGGAGCAAAGAAAGAGUUUGUGGAUUUCUUGGAGUUGGCUUUGGCAUCAGUGGGCGCAUGAAGGUACUGAGGAAGAAACAACGGAUGAAUCAAUCGGAGAGGAGAAUCUGAGGAGCUCAAAGACUUUUUUUUUCUAAAUCUCUAUUUAUUUAUUUAUUAUUUAUUAUUCACCAUGGGGCGCGUGCUUCUGUUGCUCUCAGUCGUGUGCAUCUUGGCCAGCCAGGCUUUUUGCUCUGGUGUUUUUGAGCUCAAGCUGCAAGAGUUUCUCAAUAAAAAGGGCAUCCAAGGCAACAGGAACUGCUGUAAAGGCGGGCUAACGUCGCCUUACCAGCAGUGCGAGUGUAAAACGUUUUUCCGCGUAUGUUUAAAACACUACCAGCCCAACGCCAACCCGGAGCCGCCGUGCACGUACGGAAGCACCGCAACUCCCGUCCUGGGCUCCAACUCUUUCCAGAUCCCGGACACGUUACCGGAUGGCUCGUUCACCAAUCCCAUCAGGAUGAAUUUCGGCUUCACGUGGCCGGGAACGUUUUCGUUGAUCAUUGAGGCAGUGCACGCCGAAUCCAAAGAGGAUCUCACAACAGAAAACCCAGAGCGCAUCAUCAGCACCAUGACCACACAGAGACACCUGACAGUCGGAGAGGACUGGGCUCAGGACCUGCACAGCGCGGGCAGAACCGAGCUCAAGUUCUCCUACCGGUUCGUCUGCGAUGAGCAUUAUUACGGUGAAGGCUGCUCGGUGUUCUGCCGGCCCAGGGACGACACUUUCGGCCAUUUCACCUGCGGCGAGCGCGGAGAGAUCAUCUGCGAUGCCGGGUGGAAGGGUCAAUACUGCACAGAGCCAAUCUGCCUCCCUGGAUGUGAUGAAGAGCAUGGCUUUUGUGAGAAACCUGUAGAGUGCAAGUGCAGAGUGGGCUUCAAAGGCCGAUACUGUGACGAGUGCAUUCGUUACCCAGGAUGCCUUCACGGGACGUGCCAGCAGCCAUGGCAAUGCAACUGCCAGGAGGGAUGGGGUGGCCUGUUCUGCAACCAGGAUCUAAACUACUGCACACAUCACAAGCCCUGUCUGAAUGGAGCCACUUGUAGCAACACUGGACAAGGCAGCUACACCUGUUCCUGCCGCCCGGGAUUCACUGGCACCAGCUGUGAGAUCGAGGUCAACGAAUGUGCUGGGAAUCCAUGCCGCAAUGGAGGAAGCUGCACUGACCUGGAAAAUACCUACACCUGUGCUUGUCCUCCUGGGUACUAUGGCAAAAACUGUGAACUCAGUGCCAUGACUUGUGCAGAUGGUCCAUGUUUCAAUGGGGGACGCUGUGCUGAUAACCCUGACGGUGGCUACUUCUGCCAGUGUCCCACAGGUUAUGCUGGCUUCAACUGUGAGAAGAAGAUCGAUCACUGCACAUCUGGCCCUUGUUCAAAUGGUGCCCGUUGUGUGGACCUAGUGAACUCGUACCUGUGCCAGUGUCCUGAGGGUUUCACCGGGAUGAACUGUGACCGUGUCAGCGACGAGUGCUCACUGCUCCCCUGCCAGAACGGUGGUACCUGCCAGGAGGGUGCCAAUGGUUAUACGUGCACUUGCCCACCUGGUUACACAGGACGUAACUGCAGCUCGCCUAUCAGCCGCUGCCAGCACAACCCAUGCCACAAUGGUGCCACAUGCCAUGAACGUAACAACCGGUACGUUUGUGCUUGCGUGCCCGGUUAUGGAGGACGCAACUGCCAGUUCCUGCUUCCGGAACGUGCAUCCCAGGCUGCCAGUGACAUCCCAUGGACGGCGGUGGGCUCGGGCGUGUUGCUGGUGCUUCUGCUGAUUGUGGCGUGUGCCGUUCUGGUGGUCUGCGUGCGAUCGAAGGUGCAGCAGAGGCGUAGGAGUCGUGAGGAAGAAGCGGCGAAUGGGGAAAGUGAGACUAUCAACAACCUCACGAAUAACUGCCACCGGGACAAGGACCUCAGUGUCAGUGUGGUGUCGGGAUUGGCGCCAGUCAAAAACAUCAACAAGAAGAUAGAUUUUCACAGUGAGCAUGACCUGAGUGCCAAUGCGGAGAAGGGUGGCUUUAAGUCGAGGCACCAAGCCUCCGACUACAACCUCGUGCACGAAGUGAAGUACGAGGUCAAGCACGAGGUGAAGCUGGAGCAUUUUGGGAAAGAGGCAGCAGCAAAGGAACUGGCCGAUAGCUGCGAAGAUGUGAAGUGCCAAAGCUUGCAAGACUCGUGCGAGUUUGAAGAAAAACGCAGAAAACGCUUGAAAAGUGACGCAUCAAAGUAUUCCGAGUCGAGAUGUUCCGAGUCCAAGUUCUCAGAGUCGAAGUACUCUGAAUCAAGGUAUCCCGAGUCGAACUGUUCCGAUUCGCUGUAUUCCGAGUCAGCAUGCGCAUCUGCAUGUGCAUCGGCAUCCGUGUCGGCGUGCGUCGACACCAAAUACAAGUCCGUCAUGGUCAUGUCGGAGGAGAAAGAUGAAUGUGUAAUUGCAACCGAGGUGUAAUUGGCCUCAAGGAAGCCGAUGCUCAUUUGGGUGCUAUGGAGGACAUUUUGAACUUCCAUAGAAAAUGCUGCUGCUCAAAACCUUAGGUGGAACUGUCCCACCUCAUGAUUACUGCUGCUGAGAAAGUAGGACUGAUUUAACUGAUAUUCAGGGUGAGCUGGUUCUCUGUUCUGAACGAAUCGCAGGCAAACGUUGGCCUGUAGGCUUGGAAACGUCCUGAAACGAACAGAGGAGUGGUUGCGGAAAGUUUACCACCCCUCUUUCGAACGUAUCUGUAAAAUUUACCCGUAAAGCCAUUUUAUAAAGGUGUUGGACAGCAUGUGUCCAUUUUGAUAGUGCUUAGAUUUAUGACGCGGAAAGAAAAAAAAAUAUGAAAAGGAAAAAAAACAUUUGAAAGGAAAAGAAGAAGUAGGAAUUCGAGGAAACGUAUCGCAAUGUUCUGCCAUGUGGUAAGCGGUACUGUGGCAACGUUGUGGCAAUGUUUUUUAUCAAUAUUUUGGCAACAUUUGCUGUAUUUUCUUUUUUCGCCAAUUUCUCCAAUGCCCACACAGGUGCUAUAUUACUGUGCCCAGAGAAUGCACCGAACGUGAAAGAUGUUAAAGAAGAGUAGAUAAAGAAAUGUAUCACAGCGUCUUUGCCAAUGUCCAUCUCUCGUGGAUUCGAUGGCGACGUCGUCGUGGCAACGUUUUAGCAAUAUUUUGGCAACAUUUGCUGUUUUUUUCGCCAGUAUCUCCAAGCCCCACAAGUCAGUGUGCAAGAGACCACAUCAAAACGGUGGAUGUUUGGCCAUACUGGCCUGUCUUUCACUAGGUUAAAUGGUGCAUGAUGUCAUAUUCUUGUCACGUGACCGGUGGAGACUAUAUGUAUUACUUGAUCACUGUGUAAA